UCACGAUCUGUAAUGCAAAACGUAGUUUUGUUAUUUAAAUGUUAAAAUAUUGAAUUUGUAGUUUGAUUCAGAGAGGAAGAAGAAAAGUGAAAAAGAGGAAUUGAACGGUGAAAUUUCAAUGGCGGGGAUUCAGAUGCUACCGUACGGCGACGUCGAUUCCAAUUUGAGGGCUAUGGCCGGGUGCGCCGAGGGUUUCGGCCGCCAUGCCAUCGGCGGCCUCCAUGGUUCUCUGUAUAUCGUCACCAAUCUCGCAGAUGACGGUCCUGGGUCCCUUCGCGAAGGAUGUCGUAGAAAUGAACCUUUGUGGAUUGUUUUUGAGGUUUCUGGUACGAUUAAUCUGUCGUCGUACCUGAGUGUGUCGUCGUAUAAGACAAUAGAUGGGAGAGGGCAUAAGGUGAAACUGACUGGGAAAGGUCUGAGGCUGAAGGAAUGUGAACACAUCAUCGUGUGCAACCUUGAAUUUGAGGGUGGUAGGGGUCAUGAUGUUGAUGGCAUUCAAAUCAAACCAAAUUCUAGGCAUAUAUGGAUCGAUCGAUGCACCCUUCGUGAUUACGACGAUGGCCUUAUAGACAUCACAAGACAAAGCACCGAUAUCACUGUAUCCAGGUGUUACUUUGGGCAGCAUGACAAGACCAUGCUCAUUGGAGCUGACCCGACUCACGUUGGUGAUAGAUGCAUCCGGGUGACCAUUCACCACUGUUUCUUUGAUGGAACGCGGCAAAGACAGCCACGUGUGAGGUUUGGAAAAGUUCAUCUGUACAACAAUUACACCAGAAACUGGGCGAUUUAUGCUGUUUGUGCUAGUGUGGAAUCCCAGAUAUACUCUCAAUGUAACAUAUAUGAAGCGGGAACAAAGAAAAAGACUUUUGAAUUUUAUACUGAGAAGGCGGCAGAUAAGGAAGAGCAAAAGUCCGGCAACAUAGUAUCAGAAGGAGACAUGUUUUUGAAUGGUGCAGAGCCAUGCUUGGUUACAGAAAACAGAGAAGUGGCCAUGUUCCAUCCUACCGAAUAUUACCAGACGUGGACGAUGGAAACUGCUGCGCAUUCUCUUAGAGAGAUCCUCCAAUUGUGUACAGGUUGGCAAUCCAUUCGUAGGCCAGUAGAUCGUAUGGUCCCUAAUUAAGAUUCAUUGCAUGAGCACACCUUCUGCAUUAUGAGGAAACCUUUCACAUUACAUCAAGCACAUUUAAGAAUGAAACUUUAAUUUGUCCUUUAUUUAAUUCGAGUUCUACUAACAUAUUGUUGUGUUCUGUUAACAUAGUCAACUUUGUGGUUAUGACACUUUUCGAUUUGGUAUUUAUAUCGGUCCCCAUUCAUAAUUUUCA